AUGGCCGCCGCGCAGCCCGAGCUCCCCGGCGGGGCGGCCGCGGCGCGGGGCCGCUGGCGCCGUUGCGGGGGCUGCUGGUCGGCCUUCUGGGACUACGAGACGCCCAAGGUGGUGGUGGUGCGCAGCCGGCGCCUGGGGCUGCUGUACCGCGCGGCGCAGCUGCUCAUCCUGCUCUACUUCGUGUGGUACGUGUUCAUCGUCCAGAAGAGCUACCAGGACCGCGAGGCCGGGCCCGAGAGCUCGGUCAUCACCAAGGUGAAGGGCGUCACCGCGUCCGCGCGCCGCGUGUGGGACGUCGAGGAGUUCGUGAGGCCGCCCGAGGGGGGCAGCGUGUUCAGCAUCAUCACCAGGAUCGAGGUCACCAGCUUCCAGACGCGGGGCACCUGCCCGGAGAGCCUCCGCGUGCACAACGCCGCCUGCCACACGGACGACGACUGCGCGGCCGGGGAGCUGGACCCGCUGGGGAGCGGCCUCCGCACCGGGCGCUGCGUGCCCUACUACCGCGGGGCGGCCCGGACCUGCGAGGUGGCGGCCUGGUGCCCGCUGGAGGAUGGCGCCGCGGCCAGCCAGUUUCUGGGCGCCACGGCCCCCAACCUCACCGUGCUCAUCAAGAACAGCGUCCGCUACCCGCGGCUGCGCUUCUCCAAGGGCAACCUCGCGGGCCGGCGCGGGGACUACCUGAAGCGCUGCACGUUCGAGCGGGACCGCGACCCGUACUGCCCCAUCUUCAGGCUGGGCUUCAUCGCAGACCAGGGCUUCACGGAGCUGGCGCACGGGGGCGGCGUCCUGGGCGUCCUCAUCAACUGGGACUGUGACCUGGACCUCUCGGAGGCCCAGUGCAACCCCCAGUACUCCUUCCGGAGGCUGGACCCCAAGCACGCCGCCGCCUCCUCCGGCUACAACUUUAGGUUUGCUAAGUAUUACAACAUAAACGGCACCACCACCCGCACGUUGGUCAAAGCCUACGGGAUUCGAAUCGACGUCAUUGUGCACGGACAGGCAGGGAGGUUCAGCCUCAUUCCCACCAUCAUUAACCUGGCCACCGCUCUGACCUCCAUUGGAGUGGGCUCCUUCCUCUGUGACUGGAUCUUGCUAACAUUCAUGAACAAAAACAAAGUCUACAGCCGUAAGAAAUUCGACAAGGUGUGUACACCAGGCCCGGAGGGCCAACCUCAGGACAAGGGGCAAAGCUAGGCCUGUCCCCACUUUGUCCCAUCCAAGCAGAUAGUGGACACUCUCGGCCAGCAUGUACGGAAGAGAUGUUCCACCUGUGAGCACCCCCAACAGGACCCCGCAC